AUGCCAAGUCCAGAAAACACAAGUGAACCUUUAUCAAACAAACUAAAACCAAACUCACAAAAUGUUGAAACUGAUCCAACUUUUAAUUUGAGAGAUAAUCCUGGAAUCUCCUUUGUAGAUAACGCUGCCAUGAAUUCGUCAUUGAAUACUCCAGUAGGUUUUGCUUCAGAAACGCCGACUUCGUUCGAUAACGAGGUGGGCAACGAUGAGACAGGGUCAUCUACUAGUGGAAUAAUGAAUAAUGAUAAUAUUGAUGCCAAUAUAUACAACACCCCACUUCCUGCUAGCCAAGAGCCAACUAUUAAUUUAAACAAGGACUCAGCUACUGUGAACUCGAAAGAGACACAGGUUUCUAUGAAAACAGAACCAGCAGAAGCAGAACCGGACUCUAUACCCAAUAGUAACAAUAAGAAUAUAUCGUCUGUAAGGAAACCAGCUAUAGGCGCUGUUGGCUCAGGGCUAGCUCUUCCACAGUUAAACCAAGACUCUAAGAAAAAUGCCAAAAAAUCUAAUGCAAGUAAUUCAAAAGCAGAAGGUUCCAAAGCUAACCAACCAGCAGAUGCCAAUAAAAUGUCAGAUGUACUAUUUUCAGCAGGUGUGGAUAUCAGAGAAGAAGAAGCGUUACUAAACUCUUCAGUAAAUACAUCAAAGAAUCAAACCCACGCAACAAUUGUUAACAUGCCAGAACAUCCUCCUUUCUUGCAUCCGUCGCAAGUAUCUAAGUUUAUGAAAAAGAUUGCAAGAGAACAAACUUUUAACCAAGAUUUCACUAAGAAUAAUGAUAUUCUGGCAAUGAUCUCGACAGCUUGCGAAACAUACAUGAAAGAUUUAAUCACAAAUACCAUAGUAGUCUCAAGGCACAGAAGAAGAGCUGUUCAAUUAAAUUCAGGCAGAAGAAGUAAAGUAUCAGUGGAGUUAAGAAAUAUUGCCAUAAACCAGAAAAAAGAUGAAGAGAGACGUGUUAAGAAAAGAAUUGCACUAGGUUUAGAAAAAGAAGAUACUGAAAAUAAAAUAGAUUCCGAAGAAACAUUACACAGAGCUUCAAAUGCUACUGCAGGUUUAAGAGCAGGUACUAAAAAACAGUAUGGUUGGUUAACAUCAUCAGUUAAUAAACCAUUAGCUAGUAAUGCAAAAACAACAGGUAAAAUUGCUGCAGCUGUUCAAGCAAGGGGUGAUAUUGGCUUGAAAUUCAGAGAAGCUAGGGAAGAACCUGGCAUUGUUAUGAGGGAUCUAUUAUUUGCUCUAGAAAAUAGAAGAAUCGGCACAAGUAAUGUAAUUACAAAAGGUUAUUCAAGAAUAAGAGAUUAA